AACGCUUCGUGUGGAGGCCUGAGAUGGAGACAAAAAUGGCUGCUGGUCAACUCUCUGCAGAUCCAAAUAUAUCCACAAAUAAUGAGGGAAUAUUAAUUGGUGACAAAGUUUAUUCCGAAGUCUUCCUCACAAUCGACAAUUCUUUAAUACCGGAGGAGAGACUCUCCCCUACUCCGUCUAUGCUGGAUGGCCUGGAUCUACACACAGAAACCGACCUACGGAUCUUAGGCUGUGAACUUAUUCAAUCCGCGGGCAUUCUCCUUCGCUUGCCACAGGUGGCUAUGGCAACGGGACAAGUCCUCUUUCACAGAUUUUUCUACUCGAAGUCAUUCGUGAAGCAUAGCUUCGAGAUUGUUGCCAUGGCCUGUAUUAAUUUGGCCUCGAAAAUUGAAGAAGCCCCCAGGCGCAUAAGGGAUGUAAUCAACGUCUUUCACCAUUUGAGACAGAUAAGAGGAAGAAGGAGUGCAAGCCCGUUGAUUCUUGAUCAGAACUACAUAAACACCAAAAACCAAGUGAUAAAGGCGGAAAGGCGUGUUCUGAAGGAGCUUGGCUUCUGCGUUCAUGUUAAACAUCCACACAAGAUUAUCGUCAUGUACCUGCAGGUCCUUGAAUGUGAGAAGAAUCAAACACUGGUCCAGACAGCCUGGAACUACAUGAAUGACAGCCUGAGGACCAACGUGUUUGUCAGGUUUACUGCUGAAACCAUAGCCUGUGCCUGCAUUUACCUGGCUGCCCGUGCCCUACAGAUUCCACUACCCACCCGCCCACACUGGUACCUCCUGUUUGGAGCCACCGAGGAGGAGAUCAGGGACAUCUGUAUCACGACACUCCGGCUGUACUCUAGGAAGAAGCCGAACUGUGAGUCACUGGAGAAGGAGGUUGAGAAGAGGAAGGUGGCCCUGCAGGAAGCCAAACUUAAGGCCAAAGGUCUGAAUCCUGACGGUACCCCUGCUCUCUCGACCCUGGGCGGCUUCUCUCCGGGCUCUAAGCCAUCUUCACCUAGAGAAUCAAAGGCGGAUGAGAGGUCUCCAAAUACUCAGACACUGAAGACUGUGAAGAAGGAGCAAGAGGAUGGUCCCCAGGCCUCUAAGAGCCCUCAUAAUGGGCUCAGGAAGGAGACAAAGAUGGGCCGCAUUAGCAGGAGCAUCAGUCGCUCUCGGUCGCGAACACGUUCCCGCUCUAGAUCGCGUUCUGCUAGACGGCAUUACAACAACCGCCGCAGCCGCUCUGGGACAUACAGUUCACGCUCCCGCAGUCGGUCCCAUAGCCGCAGCCCAUCGCCACGGCGACACCACAAUCACGGCCUGUCCUCACCCCUGCUGCCCCAUUUGAAGUCCAAACAGCGAGCUGAAGACCCGAAGCUGCACAGCCGACACAGCCACAAGAGAAAACGCUCACGUAGCCGCUCACGCUCCGUGAGCAAACCGCGGGAACGUGACAGAGACCGGGAGCGUGACAGAGACCGGGUCCGCAGCUCUGCUGACCUUGCUGCCAAGAAGCACAAACACGAGCGCAGCAGCGGAGGUCACCACCGUGACCGGCGGGACCGGUCACGGUCCUACGACCGCAGCCAUAAAAGCAAACACCACAGCAGUGGGCACUCAGGACAUGGUCGUCAUCGUCGUUGACCAGCCACGUGUGUCUGUGUGUGACUGUGUCUGUGUGUCACCCUAACCCAGGCUUUUUCCCUCUUAUCUGUUUUUAGUUUUAUUCAUUCUUGUUUUUUCUCUCUUUUCCUUUUUGCCAACCUUGUAGUUUAAGUGUAAAUCGAAGGACUUGAAGUGACACAUUUACAGUGUAAAGUUGUUUAAAUGCCGAUGUGUUACAGAGGACGCUUUGAUUUAUAAAAGCAGUUGUUUUGGAGGGGGGGGGGCUGCUGGAUAAACAUUGAAUAAUUGAUUCAGGAAGGACUCUGAGACUUUGCACAGUCGAGUACCAGGUUUGGUUACCUUUUUUAGAUAAAGGUAUUCAGAUGUGUGCUUUACACAUGCAAGAAACAUGGGUUUCUCUAGAUUUAAACCAUAUUUUUUUACAUGUGGAUGCAGACAGUUACUCUUUUUGGAUUGUGGUGAGUUUGGUACACUGGCUUUUAGUCUGCGCCUAUUCACAUCUGAUUUUUACUCAAUAAAAAAGGUGACUUAUUCCUACUGUGACAAAUGUCUCCUCUCUCCCUCUGUGAAAGCAGCGAUAG